GAGAAAGGUCGUGAUUGGUUUUCGACAUCGAUUGCCUUUGACUGACUCGCAAAGAAACGCUCUGAUUGGAUCUGAUCCUUUCACAGGACAAGUCGCUCUUCCUUCACAGAGGACAGGUCAAAGAUGGCGUCGAUUAGGUGUUUUCUUCGCUCCGGGAAGAGUGCCGUCUCGGUGGUCCUGCGUAGAGAGUUCAGCAAGACCUCUCCAGCGGCUGUGCAGGUGAAUGUCCGAGAUGCCCUCAACCAGGCGAUGGAUGAGGAACUAGAGAGGGAUGAGAAAGUCUUCCUUCUGGGGGAGGAGGUGGCCCAGUAUGAUGGAGCCUACAAGGUGAGCAGGGGACUGUGGAAGAAAUAUGGAGACAAACGAAUCAUCGACACGCCAAUCACAGAGAUGGGCUUUGCAGGCAUUGCCGUUGGUGCGGCAUUCGCCGGGCUGAGGCCAAUCUGUGAGUUCAUGACCUGGAAUUUCUCCAUGCAAGCCAUCGACCAGGUGAUCAACUCCGCUGCUAAGACCUACUACAUGUCAGCCGGAGCCCAGCCUGUCCCCAUUGUGUUCCGCGGUCCCAACGGCUCCUCUGCAGGCGUGGCAGCCCAACACUCCCAGUGUUUCGCUGCCUGGUACGGCCACUGCCCCGGCCUCAAAGUAAUCAGUCCCUGGAACUCUGAGGACGCCAGAGGACUCCUCAAAGCAGCUAUCAGGGACAACAACCCUGUGGUGUUCCUGGAGAAUGAGCUGAUGUACGGUGUGCCCUUUGACCUGUCUGAGGAGGUUAUGCACAAAGACUUUGUCUUACCUAUUGGAAAGGCCAAGGUGGAAAGACAAGGAACUCACAUCACUCUCGUGUCACAUUCCCGGUGUGUGGGGUUCUGCCUGGAUGCUGCGGCCGUCCUGGCUAAAGAGGGGGUUGAAUGUGAGGUGGUUAACCUGCGUACCAUAAGACCUCUGGAUGUGGAGACCAUUGAGGCCAGCGUGAUGAAGACUGGCCAUCUGGUCACGGUGGAAGGGGGCUGGCCCCAAUACGGAGUAGGGGCUGAGAUCUGUGCCAGGAUCAUGGAGGGCCCAGCCUUCAACUACCUGGAUGCCCCUGCAGUCCGCGUGACUGGUGUCGACAUCCCCAUGCCCUACGCUAAGAUCCUGGAGGACCACAGUGUACCUCAGAUCAAAGACAUCAUCUUCACAGUCAAGAAGGUCUUGAAUAUGUAAACAUACCAAUGUCUCCCUCCCUCUCCCACUGUGUAUGCCUCUCCCUCCGUGUCUCCCUCCCUCCCUCUCCCACUGUGUCUGUCUCCCUCCCUCCCUCUCCCACUGUGUCUGUCUCCCUCCCUCCCUCUCCCACUGUGUCUGUCUCCCUCCCUCCCUCUCCCACUGUGUCUGUCUCCCUCCCUCCCUCUCCCACUGUGUCUGUCUCCCUCCCUCCCUCUCCCACUGUGUCUGUCUCCCUCCCUCCCUCUCCCACUGUGUCUGUCUCCCUCCCUCCCUCUCCCACUGUGUCUGUCUCCCUCCCUCCCUCUCCCACUGUGUCUGUCUCCCUCCCUCCCUCUCCCACUGUGUCUGUCUCCCUCCCUCCCUCUCCCACUGUGUCUGUCUCCCUCCCUCCCUCUCCCACUGUGUAUGCCUCUCCCUCCGUGUCUGUCUGUCUCCCUCCCUCCCUCUCCCACUGUGUCUGUCUCCCUCCCUCCCUCUCCCACUGUGUCUGUCUCCCUCCCUCCCUCUCCCACUGUGUCUGUCUCCCUCCCUCCCUCUCCCACUGUGUCUGUCUCCCUCCCUCCCUCUCCCACUGUGUCUGUCUCCCUCCCUCCCUCUCCCACUGUGUCUGUCUCCCUCCCUCCCUCUCCCACUGUGUCUGUCUCCCUCCCUCCCUCUCCCACUGUGUCUGUCUCCCUCCCUCCCUCUCCCACUGUGUCUGUCUCCCUCCCUCCCUCUCCCACUGUGUAUGCCUCUCCCUCCCUCCCUCUCCCACUGUGUAUGCCUCUCCCUCCCACCGUGUCUGUCUCCCUCCCUCCCCCUCCCACCGUGUCUGUCUCCCUCCCUCCCCCUCCCACCGUGUCUGUCUCCCUCCCUCCCCCUCCCACCGUGUCUGUCUCCCUCCCUCCCCUCCCACCGUGUCUCCCUCCCUCCCCCUCCCACCGUGUCUCCCUCCCUCCCCCUCCCACCGUGUCUCCCUCCCUCCCCCUCCCACUGUCUCCCUGUCUCCCACCACUCCUCUCCUUGCAAACCAACCUUAUUAAACUUCUAAGUACCUAUAAGUACUUAUUUACUUAUACAAUAGUGAGUACUUGUAAAGAAAAUACUUAUUUCCUCCCCCAUGUCAACUUAACGGUAAAUAUACGCACAUCACAUGACUACAUGAAAAUAGUCCAAAUAGUUAGCUGCUGUAAUACCGACAAGGACUUCCACUUCCGUUUCCUGAUUGGUUGGUGGACAGACAAGCUGGUGACGUCAUCAACUUUGUACAGAUCUGUCAAUGAUCCGAUGAUGGCAAGUCAAAGAAAUGUAUAGUUGAUUUAAUGGAGUGUAUUUAUUAAGGCCGAAAAUUAUUGUAACUCCUGUGUUAUUUUUUUUGUUGUUGCUGUAAAAUGGCUUUGUUACAGAAAUAAAACUCCCCAUUUUAUCAGAAAUAA